UUUGCGCCGAGGUUAGUUCGCGACGUCUCUUAUUGCGGCAGAAAUACACAUGAAGUGUUGCGGAGGGGAAAAAUUCGCGCACAACGCAAUUUUUGUGUAAUUUUUUUUUUAGUUUCCAUCUUCCGGCUUCGUUCUCGAAGCUGUCAGUGGCGGUGGUCAGCUCCUUCGAGCGACGCGCUUUGAACUCGUUAUAAUUUUACACACAUUUAUAUGGCUGCACGUGUCUUUUUUUUUUUUUUCACGAGAUGCAAGGUCUCAAACGUUUAAGUUUAUCGUCCACUAUUUUCCACUCAACGACAAUGUGAUGCAAUAUCGUGUUUCUCCGUUUCGCGUGCCGACUGAUCAGAAGAGUCAAAAACUUCGAUUUAGGAGGAGCAGAGGGCAAAGUUAUAAAUUAUCGCGCGAGCGCUUAUCGCGACUAAAUAUAAACAUCGCGAUAUCGCAAGGAGCUUUAUUUUCAAGAUGGUAGAUAUAAAGAGCAAUCCUCCCGCCGUCGGGGAGAGCGACUCGCAUUACGAGUCGAGGAUACGGGCGAACAGCUCGGGCACGGGAACGUCGACACCGUCGUCCUCUUCCGACUACAUGACGGGGGAGGCGGACGACAGCUCCGACAGCAAGGGGACCGUACCGUUCAGCUUAAGGUCGGUGGAGACGAUGCUCUCGUUGUCCAAGGACGCGUCUCAGGAGGAUCUUCAAGAGAUGGUGGGCAAGUGCAAGCUGAUGGUGCUGGAGAGCGCCGAGUGCUCGGACGAGCGCAAGUGGCUCGUUCGACGGCUGAUCGAGCUGCGUUUGCGCGUGCAGGAGCUGCGCGAGACCUCGGACGAGAAUCUCUUCGAGACACGCGUCAUCCUCGGUCAUCACUUCGUGCCGCAGAAGUACUACAUCACCACGUCGAGUCCGGUUUACUGCGACCACUGCAGCGGCGCGAUCUGGACGAUGCUGCAGUCGUGGUAUAUGUGCAACGAUUGCAAAUUCAGUUGCCACUGGAAGUGUCUGAACAACGUGUGCCGCGUGUGCGUGCACGUGGUCGCCAGUGAAGCCGGCGGGUACACGCACACGAAGGAUAUCUGCCCGGAGCAAGGCCUGUCGAAGCAGGGCUACCGUUGCGCGGAAUGCAAAGUGCGAAUAACAUUCACUUUCUCGAAGGGAUUAUCGCUAUCUUGCUUCGGCAGUUCCUUUAAGAAUUCAGAAUCGGCGUGGGUGGAGCCACGACUUUGCGACUACAGCGGUCUAUAUUACUGUCAGAGAUGCCAUUGGAACACAGCCAUGGUCAUUCCCGCGAGAGUGGUCAGAAACUGGGAUAUGGAGCCGCGUCUGGUGUCCCGCGCCGCAGCACAGCUUCUCAUGCUCCUGGAGGACCGCUCCGUAUUACCGCUGGAAGAAUUGAAUCCGAAACUCUUUACCCUUGUUCCGGAUUUAUCGCUCGUCAAGCGGAUGCGAGAGGAGAUGCAGAUGAUGAAGAGGUACUUGGUUCUGUGCGUGGAUGCUUGCACGCAAGGAUUACCGUGGAAGAUUGCGUUGCGCACACACAUGAUCGAGAAUUCAGGUAACUAUUCCAUCAAGGACCUGAUCGAUCUUCAGAGCGGCAUUCUCCUGGACGAACUUCGCGCCGCGUACGACACGAUGCACGCGCACAUCACGCAGCAAUGCGAGCUCUGCAAAGCAAGGGGACACUUAUGCGAGAUUUGCGGCAAUGACGAGGUCAUAUAUCCAUGGGACGCGAGCUCGGUUAUCUGUCAGCAAUGCUCGGCGGUGCAUCAUCGCGUUUGUUGGGCCAAGCGCAAUCAUUGUUGUCCACGGUGCGCGCGCCUGCAGAAACGUCGCGCCCAACAGGGACACACGGCGCAGGAUGGCGAAGACUGUGAUACGGACGACGAUACCGCGAAGGACUCCUGAACGAUAGUGCCGCGUGAAUUAACGUGCGGUAAAAAAUAUUAUUCGUACAGAUGUGUAACGAUUUAUACUUUGUACCUGUUACUUUUUUAAGCGAAUCGAAUCGAUGGCAGGUUGUAAUUUUUUAUAUAUCACCAUAUACGUUAAAGGUUGUAUAUAGCGUUCUAAUUACAAAUUUAUAACUGCAUGUUGUGGAAUUUUUUUUUGUAAUGCACGGUCUAAUCGGUGAGAUUAUACAGGUGAUGUAUCAGUCACAUUUUUUUAAAUAACUUUACAAACUUGUCGUGUAAUACGCGAAUUACCACAGGCAUAGAUGCUGCGCGCGUGUAGUGCAAACGAUAUACUCAUUCAUUAAACGCUGCGGGUUAGCGACUAAUAUCGAUGUUACGUAUUUUUACGUUUUAGAAGAAUCUUUGUUUUAGAAUAAUCAUUCUACAGGCAUGUAAUGACUAAUGCGUAUUCAUUUUAUGUGGAAAUUAUAAUGAAUUAAUAUACAGA